AUAUAUUUGCAGUUUGAUGUUGGUCACUGAUCAAUACAUUUGCAGCAACUGCUGGAAAAGUCGUGCGUUUUUGAGGUUUUUUUUCAGUGAGAGGAAUACCGUAGUCCCCUACCGUAGUCCUAUGGAGAAGUUUGUGAAAUAUUCGCUUCUUUUAUUUAUAUGGUUUGUAUGUACGCCGGCCUAAAGUCCUGUGAGGCCAGUGGUCACCAUGGUCACCAUUCUCAAUCCCCAAUACCACUCCGCCAUGCCGACGAUGGUUUUUAAUUUUGUUGCCGACAAAAAUUUUGGAAAUCAAGACGGCGGGAAUUUGAGGAGAUUUUUAAAAACAUAGUGUAGACUGUGACAUUGUGACUUUCAUCUAUGUCUCGGCCUUCUCAGCAACCAGGCCCAGACGAUGAGGAAUAUAUCCUAGUGGCUCAACUUUUUAACGCAAGAAAUUUAACAAAUAUUUUGAAAGCAAUCCAUUUUAAAGAGACAUCAACUUGUUUUCUCAGUGCAAAUGGUAUCAAAGUAACUGUUGAAAGUGCCAAGUGUGUCCAAGCUAAUGCUUUCAUUCAAGCAGGCAUUUUUCACGAAUUCAACUUCAAUGAAGACUGUGCAACAUUCAGAAUUAACUUGGAUAAUCUUCUGGCUUGCCUCGAUAUUUUUGGAUCUGUAAGGGACAAUAGUAUAACAACAGCUUUGAAGAUGUGCUAUGCUGGUCAUGGAUCGCCUCUCGUGCUUAUGUUGGAAGAAGGAGGGGUGGUAACAGAUUGUUCAGUACAGACUGAAGAGCCAGAUGAAGCCUUAGAUUUUGAUUUCAAAACUUCCAAUGUUGUUAACAAAAUUAUUAUGCAGUCAUCAUGGUUAAAAGAAGUGUUUCACGAGUUAGACAUGACAAGUGAGGUUUUGGAGAUUUUAAUGUCUCCUGACAGUCCAUACUUCAGGUUGUCCACUUUUGGUCAUGCUGGAAGUGCCCACGUUGAUUUUCCAAACGAUUCUGAACAAGUUGAAAAAUUUGAAUGCACCAAGACACAGACAAAUAGAUACAAGAUUACACUACUGAAGCCGUCAACAAAAGCUUUAAAUAUCUCAAGCAAGAUAUCCAUUCGCAUGGACAAUCGAGGAUUUUUAUCACUGCAAUAUAUGAUACUAAACGAUGAUAGAGAAACUUGUUAUGUGGAAUACUUGUGUGCACCUGAUGAAGAAAGUAAUGAUGAAGAAAGUAAUGAAAACGGCGAUUAUUUAUCAUAACGUAAGCCAAAUGAUGAUAUAAUAUUCAGUGUAUCGAAGGAAACAAGGUCAGUGGUAUUACUUCAUCUCCAGCAGUAAAUGUUUAGACAUACAUGGCAUUGCGUAUCCGAUUUUCGUCAUGACAGUGAACAACCUGUGGCCAGAAGUUUGUGUCAUUCCCAUGCAGAUGGCGAUAUUUCUCGACACAAACAGCCUUUUCCUGAGGGAUUUUGUCCUCUUCUAUGAAACAGCACUUAUUCGGUCACGUUAAAUAAUACAGUUUACAUGUAUACGAUCAUAUUCAUAACAUUUCAGCAGAUUUGUUGUAAUAACAACUGGUUCUUAAAAUCUACUUAACGUUAUAACUCAAACCUAAAUAAUACUCAAGUGGUUCACCUUACGGUACAGUACCUACCACCGCUGUUUGCAUAGGAGAUUUCCAUAAAAGGCUUAUUUCGAGACUUGAACGUUCGGAUGGAACAGCAGCGAGUGAUAACUGGAUGUAAUUUUGUUUAAUUUGCCUACAAAUUCGGCAGAUUUCCUGGAAAUGAAGUCUGAUGAACGAUGAUCAUACCAUCAUGAAUCUCGUUUUUCAAUGCAGUUAUUUAUCGUUAUUUUAAGCUCUAUUACACAAGGUAUAUGGAGGUUACAGCAAAGUAGCCUCGUUCCUAGGCUUCUCUUAUAUGUUAAAGGUACUACGAUGUUGCAUGCAUGGUUCAAACCGUCAAAGACCAACAAUUUACAAAGCAGACAGCCUGACAAGUUGUCCCAUACAGGCAAGCAGCUUGAGUCAAAUAAACUCAAGAAACUUAAGCUCUAUUUACAUUACGAAAGCUAACUCGAUCGGGUUAUUGUUUAAGAGUUUACUCUAUAACUUGUUUUUCAAAUGCAGGCAUGCUUAACCCGGCCUUAUUAGUUAAAUCCUGUUUCCAUGAUGGGUUCGCCCUGGGCAAAACUAACCCGGGUUAAUUGUGUUUGCACGUAUCGUUAAGGUCGUUCAUGUUAUAACAUGUAUAGUACAUUUCACUUUAUAUACAGUUUACUAUAUAUAUAGUCACUUUGAUCUCUAUAUUUUCCUCAUGGACGGCGAGGCUUAAGACUUGUGAACAAAUCAAAAGCUGUACACAGUGACGAUGACUUCAGGAAUCCAACACGUGUUUUCAAAUUGUUAAUAAAGUCUUUUGCUUUUCUCUUGCAACCACGGGUGCAAUUCGCCAGCGUUCUCUCUUUUCUUAAGAAACGAGUGAUUCGUCCUAAGAAGAGAAGACAGUUUUUUUUCUUUGUUCUAUCCGUUUGUUUUAUAUAUUCAUGGGUCGCCAAAUAUUCAAUCACGCCCGUUUUCCACUUGGCGAAGCAAUACCUGAAAUCCGGUGAUGAUGAUCUUUUUAUCUGUUCGCGCGAAUAAAUUCGCCUGGUGAAAAACGGGCUUAUUGAGCAUGCAU